CAUGUUAUCAUCUGUUCCCACUAGGCUAAUUGCGCGAAGGUCGCGCAGCCUGUCACCGUGCAGCCGCGUGCUCCAGACCAGCGCAAGCGGUGCCGCAUGCCAGAGCAUUCGCGAGACACCGGCGGAGACCAACCGCAACCCCAUCGUGUGCACCUCCCGGGUCUCCAAAAGGGGAAUUUUGGCUGAGGAGACCGCUGGUACCAGUGUGAACCCGUCGGUGCAGUACCACCACCUCGCCCCUAGAUGGCUGUCCAACUUGGAGAACCGCCGCAGCUCGUGGGCGGCUCUGGCCAGCAGAGGGCGCAACAAUAAUCAGUACUGGGAGGAGAGCGGGCAGAGCGGCGGAGGUGAAGGCCGGGGAACAGGUGGAGGAGCCAGCCGGACAGGUGUGGCUUCUGCCGGUGUGCUGUCUGCUGCAGCCGUGGCCUUGUGCCUGAAGAAGGAUUCGGAUAGCAAAGGUAGAGUCAAUCAGCUGUCAUUGAGGUUACCAGGUGAUGCUCUUCUGGAGGCAGCGAGGACCAAUAACUCUCAAGAUGUGGCCAGGCUGUUAAAAGAGGGGGUCGACCCAAAUCACCGUCACCGUCUAGGUUGGACCGCUCUCAUGGUGGCUGCCAUGAACCGACAGCACAGUGUGGUGAAGGUUCUGCUCGAAGCUGGUGCUGACCCAAACGCCGGAGAUCACUUCAACAACGUUUACGACACCUCACGGGAGAAAGGCAUCCACUCACUGGAAGUCCUCGUGUCCAGAGAGGAUGAAUUCAGCAGCAGGCUCAGCAGCAGGGCUGGCUUCCGUGGUUGCACAGCGCUUCACUACGCCACACUGGCUGAUGACCCACGCACUGUCCGCAUGCUGCUGGAGGCUGGUGCCAACCCCCUGCUAACCAAUAGUUUGGGACACACAGCACGGGCCUAUGCUAAGGAGGGAGAAGUCAGCACAGCAUUGCAGGAGUGGGAGGGCAAGUUCCAGGAGGCACAGGCUCGGCGGGAGGCGGCGGAGAGGAGGAGGUUCCCCCUGGAGAGGAGGCUGAAGGAGCACAUCAUCGGACAGGAGGGGGCCAUCAAUACUGUGGCCUCAGCCAUCAGGAGAAAAGAAAAUGGUUGGUAUGAUGAAGAGCAUCCUCUCGUAUUCCUCUUCCUCGGCUCAUCAGGAAUUGGAAAGACAGAGUUGGCCAAACAGGUGGCUCGCUACAUGCACAAGGACAUCAAAAAGGGUUUCAUCCGUAUGGACAUGUCCGAGUUCCAGGAAAAACACGAGGUGGCAAAGUUCAUCGGCUCCCCGCCGGGAUACGUGGGACAUGAGGAAGGGGGUCAGCUGACCAAGCUGUUGAAGGCGUGUCCCAACGCCGUUGUGCUGUUUGAUGAAGUAGACAAGGCCCACCCUGAUGUUCUUACUAUCAUGCUGCAGCUCUUUGAUGAGGGUCGCCUCACAGACGGUAAGGGGAAGACCAUCGAAUGUAAAGAUGCCAUCUUCAUAAUGACAUCUAACGUCGCAAGCGAUGACAUCGCCCAGCAUGCACUGCAACUUCGCCAGGAAGCUGAGGAGGUCAGCCGCAGAAAGCUGGCCGACAACCUCGCGGAUGUACAAAAAAGUGAUGACAUCAAAAUCUCCCGACAGUUUAAAGAAUCUGUGAUUCGACCAAUCCUGAAGGCUCAUUUCCGGAGGGACGAGUUUCUCGGCCGGAUCAAUGAAAUUGUAUACUUCCUGCCGUUUUGUCACUCAGAGCUGCUGCAGCUGGUCAGCAAAGAGCUCAGCUUCUGGGCCAAGAAGGCUAAGCAGCGCCAUGACAUCACUCUUCAGUGGGAUCGCCCGGUUCUGGACCUGUUGGCGGGCGGGUAUAACAUGCAUUACGGAGCACGCUCCAUCAAACAUGAGGUUGAGCGGCGGGUCGUCAACCAGUUAGCCGCAGCGUACGAGCAGGAGCUGCUGCCCAAAGGCUGCACCCUGCGUCUGUCCGUCCAAUCAGAGGACCAGGAGGAGCGGAGCACGCCCAGUCUGCGCCUUGAGGUGGUGGGAGAGGACAGCUCAUCGAGAACGCUGGACAUCCGUCCACCGCUCAGCCCUGAACACUAACAAAGAACAAACAACACUGAUACACAGAGGAUAUAUCCUGAUAUGUAUGCACACAUCAUCAUCAUCAUCAUCAUACAGUGUCAGGAGGAUGGAUGGUUCUUGAUAGAUGGAUGUUGCCAAUAAAAGUACCUCUGAUAAACACAUCACUGCCUCCCUGUUUCAGUACACACAUGUAGUAAUUACAUGCCAACCUUUCUGCAAUAUGCAGCACAGUAUCUGCUGUAAACAGUAAAUUAAGUCAACCCACUAGACCAUUAAAGUUCAUGUUACAACAGACUUUCAUAUCAGUUGGAACUGAUAUCAAGAGGUCAAGAAGUAAAUGUGUUGCAGGUGUGGUUGUAAAAGUAGCAUAGAGGCUUCAGCGAGCCUGUGCAGCUUCAUCAACACCUCGCCAUCCUAUUAGCUGAGAAAUGUUUGUAGUAGCCUUGAUCAACUUAGCUGUGACAUAGUGAUAAGUUAAUGUCCACUUUAUAGUGUAGAAAAGAGCCAAAAUAUUUAAUAUUUAUUAAAGUUAUAUGUGUGUGUGUGUAUAUAGUUUGGGGGCCAAUUCAUCUGAUGCAUGAUUUGGCAGAGACGGGGAUGUCAAAUGGGAAAAAUUUUAAUGGAUAUUGAUAGGAGAACGUUAACUAGUAGCAAAUCCUUUAACGCUUAAAUACAUGUAAUUUGAUUUACAAAUGACAAAUGUUUUGCCAAAGUUGGAUAAAUAACAGCCACUUUGUCCAUUUGCUGUUAAGGAAAAGUAAGUUUUAAUGACCAAAGAUAGUUUGCCUCAGAUUGUUGCCUCUGUGUUCACUUUAAUGCACAUUUCCUCACCAGCAGAGCUUCACUGAUAAAUGUUUGUAAACACAACCUGCUUAUUCAUUUCAUUUCAUAUCAGUAAAAAAUGUGUUAGUGGAAAAACACCAAGUAGAAGUGUACAGCCGUCCAUUUGAAUGAUGGGUAAUAUAACUGCCUUGUGAAUUGUCUCUGUUGAUGCAUGUUAAUGUAAAGAAGUCUCGUCUGUCACGGCGGCAUGCUCUGGUGCUGUACAGUGUGUGUCUGCGCAGACCAAUUUGACAUUAAGAGAAAUUUAGUCAAAGAAAUAAUAUUCAGUGUUGUUUCAUAAAUGUUUGAACAGCAUGUUGACAAGACGCCAAAUGUAAUCCAGCGACAUUUUUCAUUCUUGUAUCCCAACCUCCACCGCGUAAAUAAAGUCAUCACAACAAAAA